AAUAGAAGUUUUUGCUUUGUUUGUACUUUUUCUUUCAUUUUAAAUUAUUGCUUUAAUAUCUGCUUUUUAUUUAGAAAAUAUUUUUUACGUAGGUGGAAAGCAUGUACUAAAGAUUUUUAAUGUAAUCACAACGGAGGCUCAUACCGGUUCAGCAAGAUGACUUCCAUCAUCAAGGUACACUGUAUCUCCGGUGCUGGAGAUGAGUCCCCACCAUGCUACGUUCUGCAAAUUGACGAAUUCAAGUUCCUUCUAGAUUGCGGUUGGGACGAAAAGUUUGAUAUGAACUUUAUAGGAGAAUUGAAAAGGCAUGUAAACUCCAUAGACGCAGUACUACUCUCUCACUCCGAUCCCCUACAUCUUGGGGCACUGCCAUAUGCAGUUGGAAAACUUGGGCUGAAUUGCCCAAUAUAUGCCACAUUACCGAUUUACAAAAUGGGCCAAAUGUUCAUGUAUGAUUUAUAUCAGGCACACAGAAAUGUGUCCGACUUUGAUCUAUUCACAUUGGAUGAUGUUGAUGCUGCAUUUGAUAGGAUAACACAGUUGAAAUACAACCAGAGUAUAGAUAUGAAAGGUAAAGGUCUAGGUGUUCGUAUCACACCACUGCCAGCGGGCCACUCCCUUGGUGGCACAGUAUGGCGCAUAGCAGCACCAGGAGAGGAAGACAUUGUAUAUGCACCAGACUUCAACCACAAGAAAGAAAGGCAUCUCAAUGGCUGUGAAAUCGAGAAGUUAAUGAGACCAUCACUGUUAUUAUUAGGUGCAAUGAAUGCGGAUUAUGUCCAGCAGAGGAGAAGACUAAGAGAUGAAAAGCUAAUGACGACAAUCCUCACAACACUCCGUGGUGGUGGCUGCGUUCUUGUCUGCACGGAUACAGCUGGCCGUGUGCUAGAAUUGGCGCACAUGUUGGACCAGCUGUGGAGGAACAAGGACUCGGGGCUGGUUGCCUACUCAUUGCUACUGCUGUCUAACGUCAGCUAUAAUGUUGUUGAAUUUGCUAAAUCACAGAUAGAAUGGAUGAGUGACAAACUGACGCGUGCGUUCGAAGGUGCCCGCAGCAACCCGUUUGCACUACGCCACCUCCAACUGUGUCAUUCAGUAGCUGAGGUAGUCAGGACACCAGGCCCCAAGGUGGUGCUAGCAUCCUUCCCUGACUUAGAAACUGGUUUCGCCAGAGAUCUAUUCCUUCAAUGGGCUCCGCAUCCGUCUAACUCGAUUGUUUUAACAGCACGAACGUCCCCUGGCACACUGGCUCGGGAUCUGGCGGAGAAUGGCGGAGACCGCAUACUGGAGCUGCCCGUGCGGCGGCGGCUGAGGCUCGAGGGUGCCGAGCUGGAGGACUACCUACAGCAUCAGAGGCUCAAGAUCAACAAUUCUAUAAAGGAGGAGACGGCGGGGCUGUCGUCGGACUCUGACUCGGAGGGCGAGCUGGAGAUGUGGGUGGUAACAGGCCGCCACGACAUCCCGGCGCGCGGCGCGGCGCGGCCCUCCGGGUGCUUCAAGGCCAAUAAGCGGCACCACGCCAUGUACCCGUUCCACGAGGAGCGCACGCGCACCGACGACUACGGCGAGAUCAUCAAGCCUGAAGACUACAGAUUGGCUGAAAUAGUGGACGCUGAAGGAGAAAUUCGCGAUGUACCACCCGCACCGCCACCGAAAAUCGAACCUGACGAGGAGAUGAUCGAGAUCCCGAGCAAGUGCGUGACGACCAUGCGGCAGGUGCACGUGAAGGCGAACAUCCAGUACAUCGAGCUGGAGGGGCGCUGCGACGGCGAGUCGCUGCUGCGGGUGGUGGCGCAGGCCAAGCCGCGCCGCGUGCUCGGACUGCGGGCCGGGCCCGCCGCGCUCGCCACGCUGCGAAAACACUGUGAAGCUGAAGGCAUAGAAAAAAUAUUCAUUCCCAAAUGUGGAGAAACCAUAGACGCGACCACAGAGUCUCAUAUAUACCAGGUGAAGUUGACCGACAGUCUGCUGUCGCAGCUGUCGUGGCGGUCGGCCGGGGACGCCGAGCUCGCCUGGGUGGCGGCCACGCUCGCACCACGCGCUCGCUCACGGGAGACGGCGCCGGGUGAUGAGGAGUCUAGUAUGGAGGUGUCGAUGUCCCUGGAGCCGUGUGCGGGCAGUGCGCACGCAGCGUCGUUCGUGAACAGCGUGCGUCUGUCGGAGCUGCGUGCGGCGGUGGCGCGGCUCGGACUCGCCGCUGAGUUCGUGGGCGGCGCGCUCGAGUGCUGCAACGGCACGCUCGCCAUACGCAGGUUGGAGAACGGCCGUGUGGCGCUAGAAGGCGUGCUCUCAGAAGAAUAUUACAAAGUCAGGGAGCUGUUGUACGACCAGUUUGCUAUAGUUUAACCAUUUAAAUGGACUGAUUGUAAAUAUUAAAUAAUGUUUUGUAAUAAAAUAUGAAUAUUGAUAA